AUGACUGAGCGCUACGACUGCCACUACUGCAAGGAGUCCCUGUUUGGGAAGAAGUACGUUCUGAGGGAGGAGAAUCCCUACUGUGUGAAAUGUUACGAGAGCCUGUACUCCAACACCUGUGAGGAGUGCAAGAAGCCCAUCGGCUGCAACACCAGGGAUCUGUCCUACAAGGACCGCCACUGGCACGAGGACUGUUUUAAGUGCUUCCAGUGCAAACGCUCGCUGGUGGACAAGCCCUUCUCCACCAAGGAUGAUCAGCUUCUCUGCACUGAGUGCUACUCCAAUGAGUACUCCUCCAAGUGCCACGAGUGCAAGAAGACCAUCAUGCCAGGUGAAGGCUCCAGGAAAAUGGAGCACAAGGGCAACAGCUGGCACGAGACCUGCUUCACCUGCCAGAGAUGCCAGCAGCCCAUCGGAACCAAGAGCUUCAUCCCGAAGGACACCAGCAACUUCUGUGUGCCCUGCUACGAGAAGCAGUUUGCAAUGCAGUGUGUGCACUGCAAGAAGCCCAUCACCACCGGUGGGGUGACCUACCAUGACCAGCCCUGGCACAAGGACUGCUUCCUGUGCACCAGCUGCAAGCAGCAGCUGUCUGGCCAGAGGUUCACCUCCAGAGACGACUUCGCUUAUUGUCUCAACUGCUUCUGCAACCUUUAUGCCAAGAAGUGUGCCUCCUGCACCACACCCAUCAGCGGUCUUGGAGGCAGCAAGUACAUUUCCUUUGAGGAGCGCCAGUGGCACAACGACUGCUUCAACUGCAAGAAGUGCUCUGUGUCCCUGGUGGGACGCGGCUUCCUCACCGAACGCGAUGACAUCCUGUGCCCAGAGUGCGGCAAGGACAUCUAA